AUGGAAGAAGGGAACUCAACAGAAACCAUAAAAUUUCAACUUCUGGGCUUGUCACAGGACCCCAAGCUGCAGCCCCUCCUCUUUGGGCUCUUUCUCUCCAUGUACCUGCUUACUGUGUGGGGAAAUUUGCUCCUCAUCCUGGCUGUCAGCUCAGACUCCCACCUCCACACCCCCAUGUACUUCUUGCUCUCCAACCUGUCCUUGGUAGACAUCUGCCUCACCUCCACCACCAUCCCCAAGAUGCUGCACAACAUCUGGACACAGAGCAAAGUUAUCACUUAUGCGGGCUGCAUCACACAGAUGUACUUUUUCAUUGUCUUCAUUGUAUUGGAUGAUUUCCUCUUGACAGUGAUGGCCUAUGACCGCUAUGUGGCCAUCUGUCACCCCCUGCACUACACGAUCAUCAUGAACCCCCAGCUCUGUGGAUGGCUGGUGCUGGUGUGCUGGACUAUGAGUGAGUUGCAUUGCUUAUUAGAAAUCUUCCCAGUGCUACAACUGUCCUUCUGUACAAACCUGGAAAUCCCACAUUUUUUCUGUGAACUCAACCAGAUGGUUCAACUUGCCUGUUCUGACACUCUCCUUAAUGAUAUUGUGAUGUACUUGUCUAUUGGACUUCUGGCUCUUGGUCCAUUUUCUGGGAUCCUUUACUCCUACUCUAAGAUCAUCUCUUCAAUAUUGAGAAUCUCCUCAGCUCAGGGGAAGUCCAAAGCCUUUUCCACCUGUGCCUCUUACCUCUCGGUUGUCUCCUUAUUUUAUUGUACCAGUAUAGGUGUGUAUCUUAGUUCUAUUGGUUCCCACAACUCUAAGUCAAGUGCUGUAACCUCAGUACUGUACACAGUGGUCACCCCCAUGCUGAACCCAUUCAUCUACAGCCUCAGGAACAAAGACCUAAAGAGGGCUCUGAAAAGUAUUUUGAGAAGGAAAAUUUGA